AGGGUUUAGAUGUGAAAAGGUCCUUUGAAAAAGCUCGACUGCACAACAACAAAAAGUUCCCAGAUUCCAAAGAUCGGGGAGUGCUGCUGCAGGCGGUGCCAGAGAACGCGAUUCCAAAACAUCAGGACUGGGCCGGUUCGAGCUGGCGGUCCUUCUCUCGCAGGUGCCGAAACGGUGGGGAAACACAAACAGAGCCGAGGGUCAACCGGGGAUGCCGUCCCUGAGAUAGAGCAAAGAGCAAAGCCUCACCAAAACAGGCCGGCCAAAACGCAACGGGUUGGAAAGGGCAAGGAAGUAAAUGCGGAGAUGCCGCGUGUCACGGCAUCCUGCCACCACUGAGUCGUCCGGUGUAGAAAACACUUCCCUGGCUGGAUUGCGACAAACGGAGCCGGGUACGCGGGUGCAGCGUUGGCACGUAGCUCUUCUGUCCAAAGCUUCCUCCUUCGUGUUGUGUCCUUUGCCAUGGCACUGCUGAGUCGUCCAGUGUUGAAGCUUGGUAUGUAGCUUCCUUGGUCGGAUUGCCCAACGGAGCCAGAGACGCGGGUAUAGCUCACAUCCAAUCGGCACACAAGCUUCCUCUUUCGUUGUGCAUCCUUCUCCAUGUCACCGAUGAGCCAUCCGGUGUCGAAACACGGGCAUAACAUUGGCACGUAGCUCUCCUGGUACACAAGUUUCCACCUCGAUGGUGUGUCCGAACCGUCUGGUAUUUGAAUGCGGGUGUAACGUUGCCACGUAGCCUUGACCGGAUUGCGACAGAGCCAGAGACACGGGCAUAGCGUUGGCACACUGUUCUCUCAUCGAAAUCUCUCCUUUGUGGUGCCCAACGAGUGCCAUGGCCUGUGGCGGGCCUCGUCCAGAGCGGGCCGGAUCUGGCCCCGUUGAGCUCCUUCUGGCCAAGUCGCGGGAAGCCAAAGCCUUUGCCUAUUGCCCUUACAGCAAGUACCCCGUCGGGGCGGCCCUCCUGACUUCCGACGGAAAGAUCUACACCGGAUGCAACGUCGAAAAUGCCUGCUAUCCGCUGGGAGUGUGCGCCGAACGCACGGCGAUCCAGAAGGCGGUCUCUGAAGGUCACACCCAGUUCCGUGCCAUUGCCAUUAGCUGCAAGAGCCAGGACUUCUACGCCGUGCCCUGCGGAGCGUGCCGGCAAGUGCUCAGAGAGUUUGGCAAAGACUGGGACAUAUACCUGACCAAGGCAGGGGACGAUGAGACCUACAUCCACAAGACCUUGGAAGAACUCUUGCCCCUUUCUUUUGGACCGGAAAACCUCCAAAAACUGGGGGGAAAUUGAAUAUAUUUGCAUAUAUUUGAAUCUCAAAGAGACUGCGAAUGGGUUUGAAGUCGAGCAUGCCCCCCCCCAACAAGGGAUGGUGACUUAUAGUUCUGCAAAGGACAAAGGUACCAGACUGCACAAUAGGGGUUAAGUCUUGGUCAAUUUGCCAAGGCCUUAACAACAAUGAGGACCCCAUGAAACUUCGGGAAUAGCUAGACCUUGGGGUCUCUGCCUCUCUCGGGAGCUGUAGUUCUCCAAGGACGGGGAGCAAAGCUUGUUUCCAGAGACACCAGGUCCAUUUGGGCCACUCAAGAACCCCUGCCAGGACCUUUGUGCAACACGCUUGCGUUUUAGCCAUCCCCUAUGGACACUCUUUCCCCCCACAUGGACAAACCUUAUGAAAUCUUGCCUUUUAUGAACUU